GUGCUAGAAUGGAGUGGGGCUUGCAGAGUGCAGGAGGAGGAGGAGGAUGGAAGGGUCCUUGGUGCCCUCUGAGUUGGUUGGUUUUCUGGAAGACGUUUCACUACCCAACUAGGUAACAUCAUCAGUGCUAAUGCAGAGGUGGUAUUCUGUAGUAGUGGAAAUCGCAGGUCCACCCCCGCCCCGGUCUAUGACAUCCAAUUUAGGCCCUUUUUUAGCCAAAAGCAAACCAGUAGGAAGGUUAAGUGAAUACCACCUCCGGUGCUAAGUAACUGAUGAUGACACCUACUUUGGUAAUGAAAUGUCUACAAUGAAAGCACCAAGUUUAGAGAGCACCAUGGAACUACAAAUAUUUUCUCUUCUCCUCUUCUCCUUUCCUCUCCUCCCCUCCUUUCACUUAUCUCCUCUACUCAUCAAUAGUUCUGACUCCACAGCAAGAACUGAACAGCACAGAUGUUGAAGGAAACAAGCACUAAUUUUUGUUCCUCUCCAUUUCAACAGCUGAUCUUCUGUAGGCUCCGAACUCACCAGUGGUGCUUUAUGCUCUUCAACGUGGCUCUUUUCCACAUUUUGCUCUUCGGAGCUGAUCUUGCGGAGGAAUAUUUCUUACAAGCCAUCCCCACCACUUACAUGGACGCGAAAGUCCUCAGAGCUCGAGAAAAAGCCCGGAUACUUGACAUGUCCUCCAUGAAAACCAACAUCUCCCAGGCUUAUGUCCUUAGUAACCCAGAAGCCUGCUCCAACCGAGAGGUCUUCCUGUUGGUUCUCAUCUUCAGUAGCCCCCAAAACCUGGACAGGCGCAGCGCAAUCCGGAAAACGUGGGCCAACGUGACCCACGUCCAAGGUUACACCACUCUGGUCUUGUUUGUGUUGGGAAAGCCAUCUUCAGCUACCACCCAAGUGGAGGUCAUCAAGGAAUCAGACCAACAACAGGAUCUGAUCCAAGGAAUCUUUCUUGAUACCCCUGAGAAUCAGACAAUGAAGGUCAAGAGGGCCGUAGAGUGGACCGUAACUUUUUGUCCCAAGGCCAGGUUCGUUUUCAAAGUAGACGAGGAGAUGUUUGCCAACCUCCAAUCCUUGGUUGAAUAUCUGCUCAACUUAAGAGCUCAUCCUGAAGACAUCUAUCUCGGAAGGGUGAUUCAUCCAAACGUCCCCAAUAAAGAAUUCCACAAUGGCAGUUUUACCUCCGUUAGAAAACAUCCCGGAGAGUAUUAUCCCGACUACUGCAGCGCCACAGCCUUGGUCAUCUCACAAGACGUUGCUCGAAAGAUCUAUGUAACUUCUAGAGAAGUUCCUCCUUCCCUACCGCCUGGCCUUUUUAUGAGCGUCUGUGCAAGGGCAGCCGGCGUGGUGCCUAUCCACAGCUCCCGGUUUUCUGGGGGGAGACGUAUCUGGUACAAUCGUUGCUGCUAUAAGUAUAUUUUCACUUCGACUGUGUCGGAGACACGCCAGCUUCUCCGAGAAUGGAAGGAGAUGAAAGGCAAUGAAGAUUGCACCUUACUGGAAACCUAUUACGGGCUGGUGUCCUGCAAAAUCAUGACGUAUCUGGACGGGUUGAAAGAGUCCAAAGUCAAAGCCGUUCAGAACGAGCAUUUUUCCAAUUAGAAGAAUCAAAAUAAUAGCAUCUCCGUUUGACUUUCUCAAU